AUGGACUCUCACGAUUUGAGCCUUCCUCUGGGAUAUACAAUCCACCACGGUUACCCCUCGGUUCCACAAUACCGACAUCUUCGAUUAUCGUCAGGGCUCUCUCCCAAAACUUCAUCCCAAGCAGCGGCAGUCUCCACCGGGAGCUGGUACGGGUGUUAUGUCACCUUCGAUGGUGUCAACGGAGACCCACAGCCGAUCGGAAUGGGACGAGUGAUUGGAGAUGGUGGUUGGUAUUUCCAUAUCGCGGAUAUGGCCGUACAUCCUGAACACCAGAAAAAAGGCCUUGGGGAUGUGAUUCUGAAAACUUUACUUCGGGAGAUUAGAAACCGGGCACCUACCGAUGGCAAGCCUUACGUUUCAUUGCUGGCCGAUGAGGCUGGCCGAAGACUCUAUCUCAAAAAUGGAUUUGUGGAAUCGGCCCCCGAGGAAAUGGGAAUGGUUCUCGAAUCAUAA